AUGUCCCCAUCCCUCCAGUCCCCCACCACCAACAAGGCCGCCGACCUGGCCUUCAAACGCAGACGCUUUCAACCACCAAUCACUAGCUUCUUCUCGACCACAUCUACUCCUCCCUCAGAAGACAAUGCCAACGUGACCACCGACCGCUCCCACCACCUCUCCCACAACCACUACUCCGCAGCAACCUGCUCCCCCACCCCUAUUGUCCCCACCAAAGUCCAAGCCUCCCUCCUCUCCGUCGGCAUGCGUGUUCGCAAGUCCGUCGCAGAGGGCUACAAGACUCGCCUGGCGAAGUCCGACUCCAGUUUCUCCGAGCUGGCUCCCUAUAGCGGCAUGCGCAGUCAUUCCGCACCCAUGAACCUUAUCACCGACGAUGAAGGCGACGCCUUCUCCCUCCCCUCCAGCAGUCAGGAAUCCAACGCUGGUGGCCAGAAACGAUCCUAUGAUAUGGACUUUGAUAUCGACGAUAGUGGUGAUGAGAAUGACGUUGCUGCUUCCGGCUUGGAUCUUACUGCUCAUAAUGCUACUUUCAUGGGCCGGACGAUCCUUGCGCCCAAGCUGAAUCAACAGCGAAGGCGAUUCGUGGCACUGCAGAAACAUGCCACGAUCUCCGAGGGUAUGGGUAUGGAUAUCGAUGAUUUUGAGGAGGCUUCCUUCUUGCGUAGUCGCGAGGAGGUGGAUAUGGAGUACGGCUCUGUGAGUCGAAACUCAGAGAUUGAAAUGGGUGGUGUUUAA